AUGAGUGCUGGAUCUUGCUUGAUUACCGGCGGAACCGGCUACAUUGGCUCUUUUACUGCCCUUGCGCUCCUCGAGGCCAACUACCAAGUCGUCAUUGUCGACAACCUUUACAAUUCGUCCCCUGAAGUCUUGAACCGAAUAGAACUCAUUUGUGGCAAGAGGCCGGAAUAUUACAAUCUGGAUAUAACGGAUGAAAAGGCCCUCGAUGAUGUUUUCUCCAAACACCCAGACAUUGACAGUGUCAUUCAUUUUGCUGCACUGAAAGCUGUCGGCGAGUCCGGAGAGAUUCCCCUCGACUACUACCGAGUCAAUGUUUACGGAACACUCUGCCUCCUCCGUUCCGCAGCGCGUCAUAAUGUUACUAACGUCGUCUAUUCCUCCUCUGCAACCGUCUAUGGUGACGCCACCCGAGUCCCUGGCAUGAUCCCCAUCCCUGAAGAAUGUCCCCUCGGGCCUACCAAUCCGUACGGUAACACAAAAUUUUCCUCUGAACUAAUGAUCACAGACCACAUCACGGCCGAGCGGGCCAAAGCCCAAAAGAAAGGAGAUGCGGCUGGCGUCAAGAAGUGGAAUGCUGGUCUUCUCCGCUACUUCAAUCCUGCGGGCGCUCACCCUAGUGGUAUCAUGGGCGAAGACCCUUCAGGUGUCCCCUACAACCUUCUUCCUCUCCUCGCACAGGUCGCUACAGGCAAGCGAGAGAAACUCCUGGUCUUCGGUGACGAUUACGCUUCUCACGAUGGAACCGCUAUCCGCGAUUAUAUCCACAUUCUCGACCUAGCGCAAGGUCAUCUCAAAUGCCUGGACUAUUUGCGCGAACACAAUCCCGGUGUACGCGCAUGGAACUUGGGCACCGGUCGGGGCUCGACCGUAUUUGAAAUGAUCAAAGCUUUUAGCAAAGCCGUUGGUCGCGAUCUACCGUACCAAGUUGUCGGCCGAAGAGCUGGUGAUGUGCUGGACCUGACGAGUAACCCCUCGAGAGCAAACCGAGAGCUCGGCUGGAAGACGGAACGGACGUUGGAGGACGCCUGCGCGGACCUCUGGCGCUGGACCGAAAAUAAUCCGGAAGGCUACAGGCAGAAACCUCCGCAGAAAUUUUUGGAUGCGUUGAACUAA